UACAGAGGUGAGGCCCCUGCCCUUCACCUGAGUUGUCUGUUCCCCUGAAGAGGGACCACUGCUAGAGGCAUUUGAAGGUCUCCUGGCUACCUCCGCUUUUCCUUCCAGGGCUCCCCCUCACUUCCUAGGCACUCGCUUCUCUGAACUCUGGCCCGUCUGCAGCCUCCUUCCUUCCCUGCACCCAGACAGACAUGCUGCCGUUCAGGCUCUGCCACGAUCGUGCCUCGGGAAGACACACUCUGUCCUCCCCCUCCAGAGCACGUCGCCCAGGCACGAGUGUAGUUUUAGAAAUUUCAGGCCGAGCUUCUUCCACCUGUGCGGCUUUCCCGCGGUCAGAUUCUCCGACUUUCCUCAUAGCAUGGCUGCCGGGCUUCGCUCCCACCCCUAACGGAGAAACCAAGACCUCCUCCUGCCCCCAAGCCAGAGAAGAAGCCCACCUCUCUCUGGGUUUCCCAAAGGAAGAAAAAGAACAGCAAGAAGCCAUUGAACAUACCAAUGAAGUACAAAAUGAAGUAGACAGACUUAACAAACAAGCCAGUGAAGUGGUCUUGAAAGUAGGACAGAAAUACAACAAACUCCACCAACCAUUUUUUUUUUCAGAAGAGGUCAGAGUUGAUCACCAAUAUUCCAGAUUUGGGGGUAACAGCAUUUGUCACCCAGCCACAGGUGUCUGCACUGCUCAGGGAAGAGGAUUAAGAAACACUACAUUAUAUGGCAAGACUCGAAGUGACAGAAUUUGAAGACAUUAAGUCAGGUUACAGAAUAGAUUUUUAUUUUGAUGAAAAUCCUUACUUCGAAAAUAAAGUUCUCUCCAAAGAAUUUCAUCUGAAUGAGAGGGGCGAUCCAUCUUCAAAGUCCACUGAAAUCAAAGGGAAACCCGGAAAGGAUUUGGUGAAACAUUCAAGUCAAAUGCAAAACGAAGGCAGCAGGAAGAGGCGGCGUGAGGAGCCAUCGAGCUUUUUCACCUGCUUUACUGGCCCUUCUGACACAGGUGCCGAUGAGGUAGGAGAAGCCAUCAAAGAUGACACUCGGCCAAAUCCAUUACAGUACUACUUGGCCCCUGAUACAAAUGGCAAAGAAGGGGAAGAAGAAGAAGAUGAAGAUGAUGAUGAGGGGGCGAAGAAGAUGACUAAUGGAACACUCAUGGAUUCCAACCUUCUUUGUUCAUUUUCUCCAGGCCCUGGGAGCAAGUGUCGUCUCUUUUUUCCCCUCUCGUGCUCAGUCUCCAUUUUGAGGUCUCUUUUCUCUCCUUCACACCGUGGUUCUCACCUGAUUUGGGGGGGGAUGUACCCUGAGCAGUGUACAGUGGGAAAACAGUCUCUGCCCCUUUCUGUUCCAAAUUCAUUUUUAUCCCUUCCUAUCUUGACAGAGACUUGUGGCAUCAACACCACCAGGCUCUGUGGGAAAAAGGAAAAGCCUUCUGCUUCUGCAGCUCUGCUCGGAGCUGUAGGGUGCCGGGCCCCUGGUGUGGUCGUGCACAGAGGUCUAGCUUCUCUCCUCCUCCCUCUGUGUCUCUGUGCGAAUUGGACCCUUAGCAUUUACCAACACAUAUCUGUCUACUUGCUCUUGUUUGAAUAAAAGGAAAAAAAACUAAAAAAGGGGGGAGAUUUAUAGAAGGCCAGCAAAGGGUGGAUCUGAGGUGUUUAGGUGGGUUAAGGCGGCAUUUUGACAACAUGGCUUCUCCUUUGGCAUGUUUAAUUGUGAUGUUUAAUGGACAUCCUUGUGAUUUAAGAUGGCACUUUGAAACUAAAAUUCUCUCCUCGUGAUGACUUGAGCCCUGCCGCUCAAUGGGAGAAUCAGCAGAACCUUGUAGGAUCUUAUUCGGAAUUGACAUUUCUCUAUUGUAAUUUUGUUCCUGCUUAUUUUUAAAUUUUCUUUUUGUUUCACUGGAAAGGAAAGAUGAUGCUCAGUUUUAAACUUUAAAAAUGUACAAGUUGCUUUGUUACAAUAACACUAAAUGUAUAUACACACACACAAGAAAUUUCCGGGAACCAUGUGCAGCCAACUGGAGACAUAUUUUCCACUCAGCAGACAU